UGUAUGGAUGGACGGACGAAUGGAGAGAUAAGUCGACAGACCGGUUUUCAUAGUCGGAUGAGAUCAGCUUUAUCAUAAAUCAUUAUACUAACUAUUUAGCAAAUUGUGCAAAGUUAUUUGUGUAGAUCAAACAAUCGAAUACAGACUCGGCACGCCGUUUCUUUUUACAUCCUGAAUCUAACGUAUUUCGAUAACCAUGAAAAACAUCGUUGGAAUAAUGGGUUACUUGGCGGUUACGUACAUUGUAAUCCUUGCUAUAAAACACUGUAAAUCAGAGUUGAAAACAUUUCCAUCUCUGAUGAAAACGAACGGAACUGCUAAUCCCAUUGUUAACCACAACGAAGAUGUAUUUGUACCUUAUCAAGGAGAAGCCUUUAGCGUGUUUGAUUGGACACUUUUUAGAACUAUGAGCAAAAAUUCUACUGAAAACAUACUGGUCUCGCCGAUAUCUUUAAAACUCGUAUUGGUAUUAUUGUAUGAAGGAGCUGAAGACCAAAGUGCAUACGAAAUCGCUGGCGCGAUACAUUUACCUGCUACGCAAAGUACUGUACAGAAAAGAUUCUCCACUAUUUUGCACUCGCUUCAGACCAAUCCUCCGGCGUAUACUUUGAACAUUGGAACUCGAAUUUACAUUGAUUCGAACAUUUCCAUUAGACAAAAAUAUAAGGCCACUGUAAAACACUAUUACAACACAGACGUAAUUUCCGCGAACUUCACUGAUGCGCAGCCACUCGUACAAGCGAUUAAUAGCUGGGUCAGCAAUAUUACCGAUGCAAAUAUCGAUCGAAUGAUAGAGGAUGAAAACAGCGUGAAGAGUUCCUUGAUGUUGAUCAUGAAUACGCUUUUCUUCAAAGGAUCUUGGCGCCGGCAAUAUUUCCUUCCAGAAAAUAUACAAACGAGCAAAUUUUAUACGAUUAACAAUCAAACUGUAAAUGCAUCUUUUAUGCGUGCACUUGGUCGAUUUUAUUAUGUCGAAUCACUUGAGUUGAACGCAAAAAUUCUACGAAUUCCAUAUAACGGAAACAAGUUCGCUUUGUACCUGCUUUUACCACAAACGUUGAAUGGAAUAGAACAUCUUAUCAAUGAAGUCAAUCCUUUCGUGUUGACACGAUGCGUAUGGCAAAUGCAAGAUUUGCCCGUUGAUGUCUCUAUUCCUAAGUUUAAAUUUGAAUUUUCCAGUCACUUGGAACCUAUUUUACGCAAGCUUGGUAUUAACGAUAUUUUUGAUGAUACCGCGACAUUAACGGGCAUAGCUCAAACCAAACGAACUUCGGAACACCUUAAAGUUACGGAUAUUUUGCAAAAGGCUGGAAUCGAAGUAAAUGAAAACGGAACUGCGGCCUAUGUGGCUACUGAAAUUGAAAUUGGGAAUAAAAACGAGGAGGAAGUUUUCCAUGCUGAUCAUCCAUUUGUAUUCUACAUCGAAGACGAGUCUACAGGAACGAUUAUUUAUAUCGGCAAAAUGAUGAAUCCUCUUGAUACAGCCAAAAAAAUGUCUAGUAUGAAUCAACAAUCACCACCUACUACGUUUAGUCCAGACUUGAUCUUCCAAACAAAGUUAAAUAUCAAAAAUCGAAAUAACUUUUUCAAUACAUACUUUUCACAGGCUUUGAUCAAAAAAUACAAAAAUGGAAAUCUGAUAGCAGCACCUGCGAGUAUUCAAGUACUUUUAACAAUGUUAAUGGAAGGUGCGAAUGGUAAUACGAGAUCAGAAAUAAUUUCAGUGUUAAGAUUACCGGAAGAUCAGUCAUAUAGAGAAAGACUUAUGCAAUAUAUUCUUACAUCUUUAAACAAAAAUGAAAACGGUACAGAAGUUGAUUUGAAUACACGAUUAUGGGUAGACAAAACCGUACGCAUACUAGAUACUUAUAAAAACAUUCUGCGAUCAAGUUUUCAGGGAGAUGUAGAAACUGUAAAUUUCGCGGAAAAGCAAAGUGCCGCGCAUCACAUCAACGAAUGGGUUCGUCGUGUAACACGCAAUGCCAUUUCUUCCGCUUCAUUGUUAAAUGAUGUUCCACCUGAUACGCAUCUCAUGUUGACUUCAGUCAUCUAUUUUAAAGGGCGUUGGUUAAAAUCAUUCGAUACAGCGAAGACGAAAUUGCAAUGUUUCUAUAUUCCUAAUGGAGAAUGCCGAAAAACAUACUUUAUGAAACACGAAUCCUUCUACCGAUAUGCUUAUAUAGCCUCCAUUGAAGCACAUGUUGUAGAAAUUCCAUACUCGGAUGGUAAAACAUCGAUGUUAACGUUGAUGCCAAACUCUAGAGAAAAGGAUCUAUAUCUCCGAAUAUUAUCCGAAGAUUUAGUUACCAUCCCAGUUUCUGUGAUCUUAGCGAAUUUAAGAUUGCAAGAUAUUACUGUUCAUCUUCCGAAAUUCAACAUUGAGAAUAAUCUUGAUUUAAUACCUACGCUACAAUACUUGGGUAUUGAAGAUAUAUUUCAACCUAAUACGAAUUUGACUAAAUUAAUCUCCAACAGUUCGAUACAUGUGACCAGCAUUUUGCAAAACAUCAAGUUGGAAAUAGAUGAAGAAGGAACGCUAGCUGCAGCCGAUACAGAAAUUACAGUCGGAUUCCUUUCAUCGUUCGGUAACGACAUCAAAAUGGACAGACCAUUUUUAUUUAUGAUCAUCGAUACUGUUUUAAAUAUGACUUUGUUUUCCGGUCGCUUUGUUGAACCUAUUUAAACAAUGAUUAUGUUACAUUAUGCAAUUAAAAAUUAUACAUGAAAACCUUA